UUCUUGUUUCUCUCGUUGCUUUUCUCGGGGCAGAAUGGCGGCUCUUUUGGAAUCGCUGCUCCGGAGAGACGUGGAGUUGUGCAGAGCUUUGAACUGGCUGCGAGGACAAACUGACUGUAGCGGAGACCAGAAUCUGCUAUUAGCAGUCAGGAAGCAGGAGUUUGUGCCAUUCCUCCUGAAUUUCCUGAGGGAUCAGAGCAGUAACACUCUGACUCACGGCCCCAGCACUCCAGCCAAGACACCCAGCAGCACCAGGCCUCUCCGAGCCCAGGGCUCAUCCAGCGAGCGGAGGACAUCAAACAGAACAUCAGCAAGCCAUGGUUCCCGCAGUGCCAGCCGAGUCCAGCUCUUCUCGUCUGCUCCCUCCACAUCGCAGCUGGACAAUCCAAGCGAGCAGGACAGUCCACUGACGGCCUCUCAGAGUCUUACUGGCGUAAGCGCCUUCAGCAGCCCAUCGUUUAGCUCAGGAUGGAGUCCUGCCCCUAGACACGUGACCUCUGAACGUCGAUCUGCUCAGCGCCAUUGCCUUGCUGAUUUUAUGACUUCGCCUCCAGACACUCAGGCCAGCCCUACGUUUCAGCCACAUCGAGGGCGCAGGAGAAGCAGCGGGUUUGGAGCGUCUGGAUCAAACCGUCAGGCUGGAGCGCGCGGUGGCCAUUUGGCGGAGGCUGGCGGCUGUGAAGUUGCAGGAAGGAAGGAAAGAGGUGGAGGGAGGACUAAUGAUCCGGUGUCACCCCCUACACAAGUGGAGCUCAACUUCAACAAUUUGGAGGACUUUCCCCCAGUGAGUGCGUCUCAUGCCACCCCUAUAGCAACGAGACCAUCACGGCGCAUCAACCCAACACCAGUAAGUGCGGAACGACCGAACUCUAAACCCAAGAGCUGCUUUACCUCCACACCCCUCAGCAAGCCGUGCAGUCCUCCUUCCAUCCCAGAGGCCAUGGGUACUGGGCAGACCACUGGGAGCCCACUUUAUCUGCAAGAGGAGAGGGAGCUACUAAAGAAAGAAAGGUCUAAACUUGCACAGCAGAGCAGCUCCCCACUGAAGCCCAGUGCAACUGUUGCACAGUGCACUCCCACCAAAUCAAUAGUGAGGUCAGGCUCAAAGGUGACUCCUGAUCCCCAGACUCCCUGCCCUGACCCCACCAAAGUGACUCAUGCACCAGAACUUGAGCUUUUAGCAGAGCUGUACUGUGCAUGCAUUUCAGAGAACUUGGUGCCAUGUGUGUUCCUGGAGCUGUUCUUUGUGCUACAGCUGCUGACUUCACGUAGUGUGUCAACCUCUGAACCUACAGAAGUGUAUCCCAGUAUGUGUGAAAGAAAGACAGAUUUUCUUGAGAGAACUUAUCUGGGAAAUGUCCACAGCUGUGUGUAUUUUGCAGUGCGAGUUCUGGAGAAUCAGUUUGCUUUGCUUUCGCACCUGGACCGCUGCACACUGCGCCUUCUGGCAGAGAAUGAAAGAGUUGCCACUUUCUCUCCAGCCCUGCGAGAUCGCCUGGCACAAGCUCAAGAUACCUGCACAGCUAAGGAACUACCCAGCCACUCCACCUUCAUUCAUACAGUGCCAUUCCAGCCAGCCACUGACAACCGAACUAACUUCAGCAGUGAUAAAGCCUUCCACAUCUUUAAGAAACAAAGAGAUAUUUUUUAUGAGCUGCUUAGAGAAUGGGAAGAUUAUCAUAAGGAGCCUGGGUGGGAGUUUGAGGCAGCACUAGGCAACCGGGUCAGGGCAAUGGUUAAUCAGUUGACUGCAGCAGGAAACCAUUGUCACUUUGCCAGGCUUUUCCAGAAGCAGCUGGUUCAGAUGUGUAAAGGCCACAGGGAGCUCAGCUCUCCUGGUGAUGCUCCAGAUGCAGAUCUGCUCGGGAUGGUGGGGGCAGACAGCCUGGGGAGGCUGAAGCGCCUGCAAGAGCGUCUGAUCCAGCCACAGGCUCUAAGUGGCCCUUGCCCUCCACCCUCUUUCCCUGGGCACCAGGAGUUCUUCAGAGAUUUCCUACAGACAGCUAGCUGCUGCCAGUUGAACCAACACCUGAAGGAUGGUUUGUGUCAGCAGCUACUGCAGUUGAAUGAGGUGUCUAUCCUGGGCCCCGACGGCUCCUCAACCACAGGAGAGGAAGGGGGAGAUGGAGACAUGGAGCAGCAGGAUGAGAAGCAGAGAUUCUCUUCAGUACUCCUUGUGGCUCGACUUCUUGCCAAGUUCCUGGGCUUUAUCUCCUUUAUGCCCUACCAGACCUCUGAGGCACCAUCCAGAGAGAUCCAGGAGGCUGCCAUUGCCCUGCGCAGUAAGAGCGCCCCAGCGCUGGAUGUGUCUGCCGUGUUGGUGAGCUGUGUGCGCAGGAAGCGCACUGUGCUUACUGUUCCCUGGCUGGUUGAGUUCCUCUCCAUGCUGGACUACACCGGCCCUUUUUUGCCCUGCUACAGGACUGCUCUGGGCCUCCUACUUCAAAUCUACAGGAGGAUGAGGUUGGGUAAAGUUGGAGAGCAGUAUUACUUGAAUCAGAUGUUGUUGGUGGCAGUGCUGGGUUGGCUUUUUCAGAUCCCAGUCUUUCCAGAGGAUCUCUUCUUUAGUAUCAAUCUGCAGGAACUAGAGGACCUGGAGAAUCACACUAGUAGUCAAGGGCUGGACAAUCUGCCCUUAGUGGAUCAGCAGCUUCUCUAUACCUGCUGCCCAUAUUUAGGGGAGUUUCGCAAGCUGUUGGCAGCUUUUGUGUCAGGAAGUGCGUCCAAGGCUGGAGGCUUGAUCCGCAAGAUCACGCCUACAUCUGCUGAGCCCAGAGGUCCCCCCAUCACCCGCUCUCAGCAGAAACUACAGCUGGACCUGGAGCAGGCCUUCUUUCAUAAUCAGCCUCCUUCACUUAAACGUACUGUGGAAUUUGUGGCUGAACGAGUUGGAUCUAACUGUGUCAAACACAUCAAGGCCACGUUGGUGUCCGAGCUGGUGCAGGGCGGAGAGAAGACGCUCAGGGACGGUUUGGGUUCAGAUAAUGUUAAUGCAGCCAAGCUGAAUGACUCAAUCUGUGCUCAGCUUUGUGACGCAGGCAUGCAGGCCCUGGAGAGAGCCACCAGGUUUUGCAGUGAGAAUGCUCCAAGAGCUGUAAGGGUUCUUUUGCCUGACGAGACAUCUCAAGCAGUUCUGACAACAGCUGAGAGCAUCACCACACGUCUGGCAACUGAGAAAGCCUGCAGCUGGCUCUCCUCCAAUAUCACAACUCUUAUAAAGAGGGAGUGGAAAAGUACUUUCGAACGGGUGAUGAAGAAUGUGCCGUGUCCUGCAAGCACCGAGACUGUGGAUGCCGGCGGAUCUGGCAAGAGUGUGCAGACACAGAAGAGCUCCUCAGGACAGGAUGCUGGGUCCUCAUGCCCACAAGAUUGCUCCCACAAAGGUCCACUGGCAUCAGAUGUUAUUAUCGAGAUAAAGGAGGUGCUGAGCAUCGCAGUAGGGCCCAGGUCUGAAGAGGAGGUUUUUACAGUGCAGCAGAUUGGCUCUCUGCUAGAUAAAGUGGGACAGACACUAAGAUGUAGAAAGUUCAUGUCUUCAGUAGCUGAGCAGAUGCUAUUGCGAUGCACUGUCUUGUUGGCCUGCAAGCUAGUGUCUGGAGAGCUACCCCUGGUGUCUUCAGCUGGGGGUAACAGGAACGAAGCUGUUGAUGUUGGAUCUUUAUUGAAUGAGGUGGUUGUUCUGUGGACUCAUAUUCCCUCUGCCCAUGUGACUUUACACCUUCUCUUCAGUGAGCCUACGCUCACUGCCAUCAUCAAUGCAAGUGACCUGCAGAGAUAUAACUACCUGCUCUUCGUUAGAACACUUAUAGAGAAAGGCCUUCUGAGAGAGGAAGAAGUGAGCUCUCACUGGGCAAAGCUGUCAGAGUUAUCCACUUCAAUGGAAUCCAUUGAGAAUUUUCAGAAGCUGUCUCUGGCCUCUCCUUCACCAGUGCCUUUAGUGAAAUCUAGUGACAUACUGCAGAUCUCCCAGUGACCAAUAGAGGGAGACACCUACACUACGUGGCAACAAUAUACAAAGGAAAACAGCUGAGAUCACUUUAGCUGUUGUUUGAUUUUAAAACAAUUUUAAACACUCAGUUUACUACAUGGUGAGCAUUUGAUACUCCAAAAGCACUUACCAAAAAUUACUUGGCAAUUUUCAGGUGCACAGCAAAUUUCCUCACAGGUGUUAAGCCUUAAUGCUUCCAGUCUGCAUCUCUGCAUCUUGUACAUGCCCUUGACUGAGCCAAUUACAGUGUACUGAAACCUGAUUUGCUGGUAAUGCAAUGGUAUAGCAUGUGGUCUUGAAAGUAGCAGUUGCAAUCUAUUUGCACCUCAGAUUGUGUUUCCUCUUUAAAUACCAGUGGUUUUUUUAUGGAAAUGAGGAUAUAUAAAUUUGGCCAUGUUCAGAGGGGAAAAAGCUAUUUAAAAUAUGCCUUUAUCAUUUUGGCCAUCAUUUUGACUGAGAGAUUUUGGAAUAGUUUGUAUAAUCCUUCCAGGUGGGGUAGGGGAGUGGUGCAAUAGAUCCAGGCAGUAAAGUUACUUAGAUAUUUGAGUUUAAAGUACACUAUAUGGGCAAAAGUUUGUGGACACCUCAUCACCUCUCUCGUAUGUGCUUUUGAACAUCCCAGCUAUAAGAACAUUAGUGAGGUCAGGCUCUGAUGUCGGACGAGGAGACCUGAGGUGCAGUCAGCUUUCCAGUUCAUCCUGAAGGUGUUAAGUGGGGUUGAGGUCAGGGCUCUGUGCAGGCCACUUGAGCCCUUCCACACCAUCCUUGACAAACCAUGUUUUCAUGGAUCUCGCUUUGUGCACAGCGGUAUUAUAAUGCUGGAACAUGUUUGUGUAGCCUCCUUAGUUCCAGUAAAGGAAAACUGUACAAAGACAAAGACAUCCUAUAUAAUUGUGUGCUUCCAGAUUUGUGGCAACAGUUUGGGAAAGAUCCAUACAGGUAUGAUGGUCAGGUGUCCACAAACAUUUGGCCAUGUAGUGUGCAUCACGUAUGUUAUAUUAUGGUUAGGAGUGCACAUAUUUCAAAGAUACAUAGGUGUGUAAGUCCAGUACAGAGGUGCAGGAGACAUGUUAUACACCUAUCUGUGAAAAUAAUAUAUCUAUACCUAAAAGGAUAUGCAGUAGAGUACAGAAAAUUGCAUUGAUAGACACUUACAUCAUGUUAACUCAUUUAUGUCGUGCAUCUGAUUAUGCGUGAUUAUCUUAUCAAUACUCUAGAUGUACGUAUUUGUAUGUAUAAAUGUUUGUUGCUCAGAAUGCUUUGGAAUGCAUUUUAAUGGACACUUGGUUCAUGUUGGACUUAAUGUUAUCAGUUGGUUUUAAACUGUGUUUAAUAUCAAAAAUGUAAUAAAUGUUUAAUA